CGUUGUCACGGCUGCGAAGACUUGUCAAUCGCUGUCCGACGUUCCGUUCACCAAGAAAAUCAUGUUAAAACGUUUCAUCGUGUCGGUUCGUCGUGACACGCGCGUUAUUUAGAUUUUUCGUUCGCUUUGCAAUCGUUUCUAAUUGUGUCACCAGCGAAACAACCGUGUUACGAUCGCGCGUGCACAAAUGUAAAUUAAAUAUAAUAUUUCCUUGUUCAAAGGAAAAAGAAUAUUCAAAUCACGUUUCGAAGUUCCGGCUGUUUCCUACCUGUGAUAAUAUUCCUUUGUAAGGUAGAAUGGGGGUCCCGGAACUGUGAUAUUUGGGCGAGACGUGUUUUUCUAUUUUUAUUACGAGUAUCGGUCGUUGGACGAACCUUCGGUGUUCGUAUCGAUAAACCUGACCUUUUUUUUUUCGAAGCUAUUGUCCUACGCGGUGAUGUUUUUCGUUUUCGCGAUGCGAAUCGAUAAGCGGUAGCGAAUUAUCGUCGUGGCGUUUACUGUUGUCAUUUCGACAACGCACCGAUGACAAAUAUCUGCGUUCGUAGAGCCAUGUAUUCAGGUGUACGCGCUCGCAAUACGUUUGUUUGCUGUAAUUCGUUGCAUUGUUCCUGUGUUUGUUUACAAUACGUUAGUCAAUCGACGCAUUGUGACAAGAAUUUUAACUAUCAACAAAGUUUUAAAUGAUAAAGAAUUUCAUCCGUUAAGAAUAGAGAUGGAGAGUUCCGAAGAGCCAACGAGUUUGCAAUCCAUAUGUCAUUUACAUGCUUCAGAAUUAUUUCCGAAACAUACACAUCCGGAGUGUGAGGAUGAAACGUUGACAGUUCCGUUUACUCCCUUAAGUGGAGAAUCAAUUGUGGCGCUUGGACGUACAACAGAUGGGGUGUUGGCUCUUUCCAACUAUAGACUGUAUUUACAAUUAAGUCAAACGUGUCACAUCAUCCCAUUAGGUUUAAUAGAACAACUGGAAGUCAGAGAGAUUUUCUAUUUACACAUCGGCUGCAAAGAUGCUCGUUCCUUGAGUUGCGCUUUUUCCACAAAUGAACAUUGCUUCGAAUGGUUCAAGCGUCUACACAAACUCACUUAUUCGAGAAAGAGCAUAGAAGAUAUAUUCGCCUUUGCGUAUUACGCUUGGUCCAUCGAGGAAGGUACUGAUUUCUCAAAGAUUGGCAAAGACAAUGGAUCAUUCGUUACUACUUUCAAUGCUGAGGUGGAACGGCUGAAGUUUAAUUUACACGGUACCUGGCGGAUUAGUCAGAUUAAUAAAGAUUAUCGAAUGUGUCCUUCGUAUCCGCCGUUGCUUUUGGUUCCUUCUUGCAUUAAUGACGCUACUUUGGAACUUGUGGCCAAGUAUCGUAGUUCUAGUCGAAUUCCUGCUGUUGUCUGGAGGCAUGUGAAUAACGGUGCAGUGAUAGCGCGAAGUAGUCAGCCAGAGCUCGGUUGGUUUGGUUGGCGAGAACCAUGCGACGAGAAUCUGUUGAAAGCUCUUUCAGACGCAUGUUCCUAUGAUAAGGGCGAAUCGACAAUGGUAGACUCUUUCACCGAUGCCUGUGUCGACGCCACGGCCAUAGCGAGCAAUACCAAAAAAGUCUUAAUUGUGGACGCCAGAUCGUACACGACCGCUGUGGCGAAUAGGGCGCGCGGCGGUGGCUGCGAAUGUCGAGAGUAUUAUCCUAAUUGCGACAUUCAGUUUAUGAAUUUACCAAACAUUCACUCCAUACGUAAAAGCUUUCACGCAGUGCGACAGCUUUACGCAACGGACGCGGACCAGCCCACUUGGCUUAGCCUUUUAGAAGGGACCCGGUGGUUACAGCACAUGUCUGGAUUAUUACGCGCAGCGGUAACUGUGGCGACUGCGAUCGAAAGAGACGCUCGACCGGUAUUAGUACAUUGCAGCGACGGCUGGGAUAGGACGCCUCAAAUAGUUGCUUUAGCACAGAUCCUUCUCGAUCCUUAUUAUCGAACUAUGGAGGGAUUCCAAAUUUUAUGCGAGAGAGAAUGGUUAGACUUUGGGCACAAAUUCGCAGACCGAUGCGGGCAAACGGUGGGUUGCGAUGAUCCGAACGAACGAUGUCCAGUAUUUUUGCAGUGGCUUGACUGUGUACACCAGUUAACCGUACAAUUUAAAUCUAGUUUUCAGAUGUCUUCGGCAUACUUGGUGAAGUUGGCGCAGCAUACGUAUUCGCAACUUUUCGGCACAUUUCUUUGCAACACGAUACAAGAAAGACUGCAGUUGAGAAUACGAGAGCGUACCUUUUCAGUUUGGCGCUUUCUUAAUUCCAGUUCGUUCGUAAAUCACUUGUACUCGCCUUUAGAGAAGCAAGUAUUAUGGCCAAACUGCAAUGUCCGGGAGCUCGUCUUGUGGCCCGAAGUGUAUUCAGGUUCUAUGGAAUCUUCCGUCGGUAUGCGCGAUGAUAAGCAAAACGUGGCGAUGAUAGACAUUGAACGUGGCGAAAACGAGGAACCUCAAGGGCAAAUGACUAAAACUCGCUCGUAUGGAGAUCUCAUGCAUGCUCCCGACCACACGGCCUAUCUUCAUCGUAGACUCAGCGAUCCAAGUAUUUCAGUGGAAAAAAAACUCGAUUCCUUGACGCUCGAAGCAGUAGAAACUAUGGAAAGGGGUGCAAAUCAUGCUGAUGAUUGCAAAGUUACCGUUUGUAUGCAGAAUAAUAGGUCAGAGGCUGACAAGGAUGAAGAUUUGGACAAGGAUUUAGAUAAACCGAACCGACAUAACGCGGCAACUACAGAACCAUCGAACGAUUCACCAGCAAAUCCUUCGGUAGACAGUUCGACAGAUACGUUAAUACCUAGCAACGAUUCGUUGCUCGAUGCAACUACCCCCGACAAACCGAUCAGAUCGCAGGAAAGUUCACCGCAGGACAUCGUUUCUUCGUGGGUGGAGACCAAUUCGAUCGGUCAAACAGUUUGCUCUUGCACUCGCAACUACAAUCCUAAUCACAGUCAAAAUCAUAACGAAGGUAGAGACCUUAGCGACACCAGUGCACCGUUAAUAUCUAGAACACCCAGCAGCAGCGUUUGCCCGGCUUCUCCAAUUCACCGAGACACCAUUCCGGACAAUCUUGACAGACUGGACGACAUUGACGGUCUUCCCAUUAUACGUUGCGAUGUUCAGAUGCGCGUGCAACAGAUCAUAGCGGAGCAUAAGUUGAAAGAAGAAGCAUUGAGGAAGGAAUUGCAUACAACAAGAUUGGCUCUGAUCAAACAAGUCUGCAAUCAUAAUACCACGGACACUGAUCGUAUUGACGACAUUGGAUCAUUGCCCGAUUCAGUGGGUAGUGCCGGCGAUCAUGGCGAGUCGUUACCAUCGGACAUGUCUUGGGAAGCGGUCGAGGAAUUAGGGCCAGCUCCUACUUUGUGGGUACCUGAUCACGCGGUCACUCGAUGCAUGGGUUGUAACACAGAAUUUUGGCUCGGAAGACGCAAACACCAUUGCAGAUGCUGCGGAAAAAUCUUCUGCGCGGACUGUUCAGAAAAUUCAACGCCGCUGCCCAGUGAGCAACUCUACAACCCCGUGAGGGUUUGCAGCGAUUGUUUCUCACGAAUCCAUCGGCACACGAGUCCCUGCCAGUGCAAUGCUCGUCACGCGAGCAAAGGGGAAAACGACGCGGAGCUCCCGACGAACUCGGAAAAUUUGGUAGCUUGUCCAAGAUCAAAGGGUUUGAAUAUGACGAAAGACAGUUGUUGCGACAACUUGUUGCAGGUUACGCAUCAAAAAUCGCAACCACCAGUCACAGCAGCCACGGUGAACUGAGUAAACUCCUGGAUAUAUGUAUCACAAAGAAGGCGAAGCUUUCAGGUUACGGUUUGGUUUUCGACGAGAUGAAGCGCACGCGGGGAGUUCCCGUAUCCCCUCUGGUUCCGUAAAUGCGCGAACACUGGCCAUUCAAUUGAACGUGAUCGUGUGCACGUCACGUUUGGUCGGCACGUUGCCGCGUGUCCGAAUGUUGUAUAUUGAUAUGGUACACAAGCGUUGUACGAUACCGCGCGAUCGUGCGCUAGAUUCAUUUUGGGACGAUCCAAUAUUUAUUGCUAGAGUAAUAAUUUGUACGAACAAGUGUGUAUAGUGUCGCAGAGAAAAUGAGUCAGUAUACGAGAGGUUGUAUAUACCUUAGUAGUAAUUCGAUCCAACAAGACGCCUGGCUUCUUUGAACGACGAUACUAUUCGGGUUUCUCCGUUCUUUUUUUGGACGUGUUAUCCGUACGAGAGACAGCGAGACGAGGCAGAGUAACAUUUCGGAUAGGCUGUGACUGACGUCUAGUUUUAGACAUCCAUACGAAGCGCGCUCUCGGUUAAUCGUCGAUCGAACAAUCGUCGAUGAAAUGAUUUGUUGACGAUGAAUAGUUGGAUUACGAAAUGAGUAAACUGUAUUUGUAUAUUGCCGCUGUUUAUGAGAAUUGGAACAUUAAAUACGUCAUUAUCAUACACGAGUGUGUUUCUUGUCUCCGCGUGUCUGCCUCUGGUUCUCGUUCUACUCCUUUUUCUCCUGUGUCUAUUUUGUUUCUUUUGCUCCUCCGAACUUCAGUGAACGAUCUUUAGCCCGGUUAAGUUCUGAAGCGAUGAGCGCUUUCCAGAAUUUGCGUCGCGUUCUUUAUGAUGUCCGCGGUUCCUUUCGUCUCGUCCGCAUUUUGGAAUUGUAUCAGUAUAACAAGGUACGUUGUCACCGCUCCGGCGAUCUAAAAUUCAUGCGAUUGUAUUAGGUUGUGUAAUAUGAUAUGUCGGAUUUUGCGGAAAGAAAGAAACCUUAUUUGAUGUGCUACAUUCGAUUCAAGAUAAAUAGUGCGAUCGUUCCAUUUUUUCCGUUUCUAAGCAGGUAAUAACAAAAAUAAAAAUAAAUAAUUGGAAGGAAAAUAAAUAAACGAACUUAAUUU